GGAAGUUGUAAUGUAUUUUAAUAUGGCGGACAAGUGUAAACAAUCGCUUGACAACAUUGAACAUAAUUCGCUUUACAGCAUUUUUCGAUUCCCAAAUAUGUUUUGGUAACAAUAUAUAGUGUGCCAACAUGUCCAGAGCACAGUCUCGUUUGUCAGCCCGAACUGGGGGUGGUUCGCGGGCAACAUCGGCAAAAAGUGCAAGACAUCAUGUGGUUAUUCAAUCCACUGUUCUUCCUAUGUCUAAAGUUUACCUCGGAAAGGAGUACGAACAAAGACUAGCGAAUGCAGCAGGUGAAGGAGACCUAAUCACUGUGAUAAAAAUACUGAAAUUCAACGUCUCUCCUGAUUCCAGGGAUGAGCACGGCCAGCCUGCCCUAGUCAGGGCUUGUAUGGGGGGUCAUGCUGAAAUUGCAUCUGCAUUGAUUGAGGCAAAAGCCAACAUAAAUAUCAAAGGUGUAUACAAUGUUACUCCCCUCCAUGCUGCAGUAAAAGGUCAAAAUGUGAAUUGUGUGAAACAUGUGAUAUUAGGAAAAGCAGAGUUAAUUCCCCUGACAACAGCUGGACUGAUUCCACAAGACAUGGCAAAAUAUGGGUCAGAAAUCUGGGAAAUUAUAAGUGAUGCUAGAAAAGGGGAUCUGCCUGAAAUUGAAGAAAUCAGUGAGGUUCCUGAAAUUCCAGACUAUGCCCUUCCAGAUGGUGCUGCCAAGAAAAAGAAAGGGAAAAAAGGAAAGAAAGGUGGAAAGAAAAAAGGUGGCAAAAAGGGGAAAAAGAGUGGGAAAAAGAAAAAGAAGAAAUAAGUGAUUAUAUGUAAGAAAAAAUUGUGACCAUAUAUAUAAUUAUAUAUAUGUAUAGUUCUAUGCAUGAACAAAUCCAUUAAAUUUUAUAGUAUAAAA